GAAGAAAAUCUGCCAGUGUUUUUCAUUCGGAACUCUUUUUGCGCAGCGAGUUUGGCAACACUGUCCAACAGUGUAUUAGUCAUCGCAACAGCUGUAGUAGACACAGCAGCCGCGGCCACAGGGGCCGACUCAAGUCAAAUCAAGUCCUGGAGCUCAGUCAGGGUCCAAUCCGUCCAAUCCCGCUCCUGGAAAAGGAGCAAGCAAGUCCCGCACUUCCGCAGGCCUCUGCACCCUCUGCACCCACUCAAUUGGUUGACGUUGAUUAGGUCAGCAUCCAAGGUCGGAGGUAUUGACCAUUCCUUCCCGUCGCCCGCCUCAAUGGAGAGGGAACCCGCCCACAAGCCCACCCACGAGUCUGAUGCCCUACCAUUGGCAUUUACGGUCACGUUUGGCGAUGACAAGAACCAGAAGCUUGAUCUGCGAGGCGGACUCCAGCAAUUUGCACCUAACAAAAAGCUUGCCAAUCGUAAUUUGAGUGCCAAAAGCAAGCGAGUUACCGUACCACCCGUAGCCGUAGUCAAUGAGCAACACACCGAAGAUGCUCCUAAAUUCGUCGCAAAGGCUCGUGAUAAAGACAUUUGCCAGAUUAAAAACCCGACCAAGAGCCUGGCCGCCUACGAUAACAACAAUCAUCACCACGAUGACCACCACCACUACCAUCAUCAUCAUCAUCAUCACCAACGCCUAAAGCAGCCAAAGCAGCAACCACACCCUCAAGGUACAUACAAGAAUAAAGGUAUCAUCAAUAAUAACAACAACAAUGAUGUCAGUGUUAAUGAUGAUGAUGAUGACAAUACAAUUGGUCAUGUGGAGGGAUCGGCCCAGUCUGACGAAAACUCCGUUCAAAUAGAACGCCGUGAUACCGGAAGUGAUACAGGCACGUAUACCAUUGGUGAGGAUGAACCUGUGGUCCAAGACGAUCGAGCCAACAUUGGAGCGGUUUUUGGUGUCUCAGGUUCUGCCUUAACCAACGAAGAAAAAAUCCUUCAAUGGGCUUCGGGUUCUUCUGCCAGUGCCACUCCAACUCCGUCAUGCUCCUCAAAUAGCCAAGUCAGCGGACGUCGAGAUAGCCCCACCCUAGACAAGGAUGACGCCUCAAGAUCAAGACGGAGACUACCUCCUACACCUGGCCUGACAAACGGCAGCGAAAAGCGAGUGAUAUCGCCCAACUCGUCGAAGAUAAACCCAUCCCGUUCAGACGUGAAGUACCGGUCUCCUCCAGACUCGACACUUUUUCGGAGAGAUACACCUGAAACUACUGACACUUUUCUGGCAGAUACAAUGUCAGUCAUGGUUGCAAUGGAAGCGCGGAUCGAACAAUGUGGCGACUCGAUGACAAGGAGUAGACAAGGACCAAGUGAGGGUAGCUUGGAAAAGGUCAAUCCCGACUUUAGGCGGAAUGACAGGAUGUUUCAAGAUCACAGUGAGCGCCAAUUUCGCUCGAUAAGAAGCGAAGAUACUGCCAGCGAUUCAUGUUGCUCCAGCACAACGGAUGCAUCUCGUCAAUUUUCUCCACAUAAUUUUGAUGACAAAGGAUCCAAAAAUUCAUCACCCCGAUCAACGUCCAAUUCCACCCGAACCAACCGUGCCUUUGCCUUAAGGAGAAAGAUGAAUUCUGCUAAAGGCUCGAUUCCAGCUAAUGUUCAACCAACACCCUCAUUGCAAGGAAAAACGAGCCCGUUUGACACUCAUUCAAGGAGUCGCCAAUAUCCGAAAGCCAAAGCAUUUUUACCUUUGAGGUCACAGAAGAAGCCCGCUAUUACUGAGACUAGAAGUUCAUCAAGCCUAUCGGCUCGUGAAGCAAAUUUUCAAGCCUGGAAGCGAAGACAAAGUUACAAACCAAACUUUAAUGUAGGCAAUUUUAAUAAACCUACUCAAACGUCGACAAUGGCCGAACAAGGAUGCUCAAGAAAGGACGAAAGACGUGAAGGCAAUUCUCUUACUGUUUCAAGUGAUGUCAAAGGUAUGCCAGUUAUGACACGCUCGGCCAGCUUUCAUUAUCCGGAUGGCUUAUCAAGACGGCAAAACAAUGUCUAUACCUCCGAAGAUGAGUCAGAUGACUCUCUGGCUGCAGAAGCUUUGUGGUCAGGUCGAAAUCUUCUAGAAGUAACAGAAGAUGAAUUCUUCUUGCCUAUUGAAGAUAAAUCAUCUAACCAAAUGGGAAUUCGCAGCAAACGAAGUCAUAGCAGCACCCCUCUAGAAACCUUAGACAAUAUUGUGAUAUCGACCAUUUUCUCCGUAUCGGCCAAAUUAUGUUUGAAUACCUCUUCAAUCAUUCGAAAAAUGAAGGCUCAAGUUGAUCCACUGGAAGAAGACCACGUGGUCCUUGACACUUUGCUCUACGUUUUGGAAGAUGUGGAUCUACCGGCCAGUCCAAGCAAACGAGUGUCACGAGAAUUAGCAGGAACGUUGAAAAAUUUAAAGAAAGUUGAACAAGCGUUGGCUUUGGUGGAAAAUCUGACGUUAGAUACCGAAGAAUCUGUGUUAGAGUCGAACUCUUGAGUAAAUAAGCUGAAGGGAAGAAAGUCCUUUUAUACGAAUGCAUUUUGCUUUUAAAUGAAUGUAUAUUUUUUAUACCAAACGUCAACGUAUUGCUCUCUAAUCUCCGAAGGAAAUAUUUAUGAAUAUAUUCAAGGAUGUCUCAAUGAA